ACUUGCAGACGAUGGAUGGAGGAGAGAUUUGUUGACGAGGGAUGCGACCUCUGAUGCUUGAGCAAAAGCUGCAUGUCCCUGUGAUGGUGGUUAGUUCAGCAAAGCUACCGCUGAAAGCUGUUUUCGCACUGUUAACGCCAGUGGCAGCAAGGUUCUCGAACGCGGCAGACGCUAUCGAUCGAAGAGAGGGUGUUCGUUGUGAAAGGCACGUUGACGCAGAACUGUGUGUCUGUCACUGGACACAGACGUGGAGGCCAGACAAAACGGUUUUUGUGUAAAAGAACGCAUUGAGCUCUAUCACCAUCAUACUUUGGCACCAGGAGGAUUAUUGUUUCAGAAAAGGAAAUCCAAUUGAAUUUCCACGGUCAGGAAAGUGCCAGAAAGAUGGGUAUGCAUUUUUCAAGAAAGAAGUGUUUGUGCAGACAUGUAAAUUGUUGUAGCAGCCAACAGCUGAGCAAGGGAGCAUGACCACGAGAAAAAAAGACUAUGGUUGGUAAUGUUGUUUAAGGCCAGUGUGUUCAGAAGGUGAAGGAGUGAGGGCAAACCAAGGGAGCUCAGGUUUCCAGCGUCUUAUUGAUCGGCGCUUGGCAGUUCUGAAACCACAGGAAAGGACUAGGGUCUCUGGAGGGCUGCUCUUGAUCGGCCAUUUAGGUGCACUGGCACCACAGGGGUUGGCAGUGUUUUUUUUUCUAAAACUCACCCAUUCAGACCUUCUUCGCCACCUGUUUGUUGUGGGUAACAAUGCUGAUCGACUGGUCUCCUGUGCCGACUAAAGUGGCGAUGCAGGUAGGGUCCGACCGAGAGGAAGCCCAUGGCGCCAGCUGUAGUAGAGCCCUUGUCCACUGCUGCACAAAGUCGGCGAGAGUCAUGGAACUUUUAUGACAAUGCCGUGAAUGGCAGUGAUGGCAUCGUGAUGCUUGAACGCGCUGCAAAGAGAUUCGCGGGGCGCAGGCAGCUCAAAGCGCCCUCUGGGUGUCGUUUGUGAUCUACCGUCCUUGAGGUGAAUUUUCCUGCAGGAAUGGAGCGCGGGGAGAAAGCUGGGAGGAGUGUCAAGAAAAGCUCUUUCUGUGUUUCAGUGUCUGUGCAUGCAGACAAAUCACUUUGAGUGCGUCGAGAACAUCCAACAUGCUGCCCCUACCCAGCCUCAGUACCGUCUGAACAAUGAUACUUCUUCUAUGGCAGGGAACCAUUCAGUCUGGAAGAUUGCGGUGCUCCAAGGGGUACUCAGUUUGCCAUUUGUGAAUUCAGCUGAGAACAGAUUUCAAGGGAUACCAUAGCCUAAUAUUGGGCAUGGUGGCAUUACGAGGGAAAAUUGCUUGUUGAAUGUCGUAUGCCUUAGGACGUCUACUGCAUUCCUUUUUUCGACUGUUCAUUCUGGACGGAGUGUAUUGGUGUUUAGACGAAAGGUUCAGGCAUAAAUCUUAGAAUUUAUGAACGGGCCGGCGUAUAAAUUGCAUCUAUUUCUAAUAAAAUUACCAUAAAGUGUGUUUAGAGAAGGUAAUUUUAGGUAGAGAUUUGUUCUAUACUGAGAAACUGGCCUGUAUACAUAAAUAUUAUCCACAAUAGCUCUUGAUUAUAGAAAGAAGUGCCCCAAAAUGAGACAAGGAGGUGCCUGUGAUGUCAAAUACCAAUAAAAUGAAUAAUGAGCCAGGGAACUUCUGAAAUGGUUUUGGGUACCUGGCUGAGAAAAACCCGUGUGUCCAGUCUGUAAGAUCCCUAACCAUGCACAUUCACUUUGAACAAAACACAUACACACGGACGGACUCCAAUUUUCACUCCUUGUCAUGGAUGGGAAAGGUCCCAGACAGCUUGCCCGACGAAGGAGGAGGCUGGAAGCUGAACAGGGCUCAGUAUUACAUGGAAGGAUGGCUGGCCAGUGGCAACGCCAAAGGAGUGGUUGGAGUUACAUUCACUACUUGCCACUGUCGACGCUACGAGGCCCCUCCACGGUCGAACUUCAACCUCAGGGGUCACCGAAGUGAGGUAAUACUGGUGAAGUGGAAUGAACCUUAUCAGCGACUCGCCACCUGUGAUAGCCGAGGUGUCAUCUUCGUCUGGAUCAAGCAUGAAGGUCGCUGGUCCAUUGAACUCAUCAAUGACCGAAACAGCCAGGUGACAGACUUCGCCUGGUCGCACGAUGGUCGCAUGGCUUUGAUAUGUUACCGAGAUGGCUUUGUGCUGGUGGGGUCUGUGGCCGGCCAGCGGUACUGGUCCUCGAUGCUGAAUCUGGACAACACGUCCAUCCUGUGUGGCAUCUGGUCUCCCGACGACCAGCAGGUGAUGUUUGGCACCUCCGACGGGCAGCUGAUCGUCAUGAGUUCUACGGGUGCCAUGGUGAGCCAGGUGACAAUUAACGAGGGGUUUGAAAUCACGUCCAUGACGUGGUCCUGCGAGAAGUUCAACAUGGAGGAAGCCGACAAUCGAGGAGGAGCGCCGUACGGACAGAGGUCGCUGGAAGAAAAGAAUCACACGCUGGCAGUGUGCUUUAAGUAUGGCGAUAUUUUCCUGAUGUCUGACUACCAUGACCCUUGCCCCCGUAUAAUUAGCACCUCCCUUACAGGUUUGAAGAUCGAGUGGUCCAACUGUGGCCAGUACCUGGCGGUCGGAGGGUUUCUACGUCUUCCCAACCUGCAGUGUCGCAAUGAGCUACAUUUCUACUCUUGCGAGGGAAAACGCAUCCACUGGGUCCCAGUGCCGUCCCAGGGGAAGCCACUGACAGCGUUGACCUGGGGUCACAACGACAAGCGCUUGUUCCUGGCCGCCGGCUGUCAGCUGUACGUGGCGUGGGUCAGCAAGCAGGUGGCGCCACUGCAGUUCCUGUCUCAGCGCGUCAUCCACCGCCUGGUGCGACACGAGAAAAGCGUCCUGCAGCUGCCCCUCCCAGUCCGCCUCAGGCAGGGGGUGCAGUCACUUUUCUCACCUACAGUCAAGAGCUACAUUCCAGACCCCUUCAAAUUGCGGGCAUUCAUUAGCACGCCUCCCCCGGGUCGUGAGCGCAUGUUCUGUACAAUGAUUCGCCAUGGCGACGAGACCUCGGGUGGCCACUACACCUUGUACCUGGAGUACCUGGGAGGACUGGUGCCUCUUCUAAAGGGAAAACGCGCGAGCAAGCUGCGACCGGAUUUUGUCAUCUUCGAUCCCAAAAUCCGCACUUCCAGUAGAAGUCAAGGCGACUCGAGCGCCGUGCAGACAGACAGCAGCUCGGAGUCGGAGGCGGACGUUGUGACAGACGGCUGUGGGUCCCCCCGAAUGCAACGACGGCGACGACACAAGGUGUUCCGCGCUGAGAAGGUGGACCGCAGCAUCACCUUCCGCACCCUGGACGAGCUGCUGUACAACGACAACCUCCCCGAGACCAACAAGCUAGUGGAGGUGACUUCCAACAUCUGGGGCACGAAGUUCCAGAUCACGGGGGUGGCCUCGUACUUGCCGAGCAUGCUGGGGCAGGUGGUGUACAAGACGAGCCUGCUGCACUUGCAGCCACGUCAGAUGACCAUUACGUUGCAGGAGAUCUACGGCAGCACGCAGCCCCUAGCUCGCGACCCCAACUUUACCCCCGCCGGCGCCAGCGACGACGACGACGAGGGCUGUUGGCCGUUUAGUGGUGACAGACCUGAACUCCCGGCAGAUAUUUCUACAUCGAUCACUGCAUCAGAACCGUGGACAGACGAGAACCCCUCACAGAUAUCAGUAGAUGUUCAGACACCGUGUGGACCAGCUGUCACUUCGGACCACCUCAACUUUCACGAGCCGGAGACCGGCAGCGUGUUCAUCAACAAUAUUGAGGACAACAAUAACAACAACAACGGCGGUGGAGGAGUAGGGGGUGUCGUAACAACGCGACUGAACCACACGGGCAGCAUUCGCGGGCACACUUUCUCGCCCGUCAGAGACAAUCGCACGCAACCCUCCACACUUGCCUUCAGCGUUGACCCCGCCGUGCACAAAGACGCCUACAUUGCUCAAGGGGCGAGGCCAAAGACUUGCAACAACUCGCUACCGAAAAGGCCUUCUUCUGUCAAAGCCUCCACUCCCAGUGUCACAUCGUCUACUACCACCACAUUCAAUCCCACCACUACCACCACCACCUAUGCAAAUGGCAGUAUAUUUGCCUCGGCAACCACGACCACGACUUCUUCCACCACUACUUCCACCACCACCACUACCACGACCACCAUCGACAACACCAACUUCGACGCUUCAGAGACUGCCGUUGUCCCGAUUCCGAUCACCUGUUCACCGAUAAGCCCAGAACCGGAAGCAGCUGGCAUCUUGAAACGAGUGGCGGCUGGAGGCAGCACUGAGGGGCCUCGGUGGGCCGACCCGGCCUCACAGGCCAUCAAGUACAUCGACGAAGAGGCCUCCGACGUCUCGGAGCUGCCCUUCGAGAACAAUAUGGUAGCCGAUUGCAGCCUGUCCUCGGCGCCCUCCAGCGUCUUGCUGCAACGGCGGCUGUACCUGGCGCAGCGGGACGACGCCGAGGAAGACGAGGACUCCGACGUCUCGCAUCCGCUGGUCAAGGGUCAGGCCCCGGCGUCGCCAGGUGGCGGCGACCCUGAGAAGGUCGGAUUGCAGGACAGUGACGAUGACUCUCCGCCGCAGGUUCAUGCUGAUCACGAUCUCACCCAGCGCGCAGCGUCAUGCAAGAACGGGGUCAGCGUAACCGCCGCCGCUGCUGUGCUGGCCAACGGCCUCGGCUGCAACGACAUCGAGAUUCUACAGAGCGCGUCCUUGCCCGCCUCGCCGCUACAUUCCUCGUCCCGCGCGGACACGCCCACGCGCAAGGUGCGCGAGGAACUGCUCAAGGCCCAGUGUCAUCACCUGAGCCCAGUGUUGCGGCGCAAAGGCAAACACGAGUGCAACAUUGAGAGCCUUGACGACGAACUGGUGCUGUCAGUGAUGGAGGACUUCAAGGGCGGCAUGGCCUACCACAACCUGGAGACUUUCCAGAAGGCGCAGCUUAAGCAUAAGAUGAGGCGAGCACAAAAUAGCAGCAGUCAGAUGUUUGUGAUGCACAACAAAGCACCACUGUGGAAUGAGAACAGCCAGGUGUACCAGCUGGACUUUGGUGGACGAGUUACUCAGGAGUCAGCUAAAAACUUCCAGAUUGAGCUGCUAGACCGACAGGUCAGGGUCGUAGGAUAUGAAGUCAAUGAAUCCCAGGUUAUGCAGUUUGGACGGAUCGACAGCAACGCCUACACGCUAGAUUUCCAGUACCCGUUCACUGCUCUUCAAGCAUUUGCUGUGGCCUUGGCCAAUGUCACCCAGCGACUAAAGUAACCUUGGCAGCAGCAGCCAAGGAACGUGAUAUUUCUAUGGCAACCACCUUGCAUGUUCUCACUCCAUAACUUUUAACUGUGAUGGCCUUGUAAUGCCAGGGUCAGUGUAUGUACUUUCUGCAAGAGAAGCAUUCACCUCUGCAGCAUAUCCUUUCAGAUGUCUUCGUUUACAAAGAAUCUUGUUUUUGAAUCUUAUUUGUGUAAGAAUGGCUUUCAGCAUGAUUAGUUAGAAUUUCUGAAAGAAUGUAGUGGUGGUGCAUUGAUUAUUUUGUUGAAAAUGAAUGGAGCAUAAUUUAAAAAAAAUGAUUCUGAGGGCUAGUUUUUCUUUUAAAGCUCAACUUCUUUGCCCAGAGUUUCCUUAUGAUUUCAAUGAUUAAAGGCUGCUUAAUAUGGCAGAGCAAUGUCUUAUGGCUCAUUACAUCUUACAUUAUUUCACGGUACAGUAAAAAAAAAUUUUUGCAUGUUUCCUUUGCAAGGUCAAACCACUUAAAAAUUUGAAAAUUAUUUCUUUGGUACAGAAACUUUACAUUGUAAUGCCUUGUGUAUCCUAAGAUAUCUGCAGCUGUCUAUUGUCUAGUACAAAUGUAAAAAAAAAUGUUUCGCUGAUAGGUGUUUUGUAUAUGAAUCAAUAGCUUCAGUGACCAAUCGGUGACUGUUAACAGUCUGUGAACAAUGUAAUAUGCUUGUUUUAAUGAUAUUGUUUGUUCUCAGGUGGUAUUCUGUUAGUUUGAUGGAUGCAUAAUUGUUUGAUAGUUUGUCUUCAUCUCUUCAUUAAGUUAUUUUAAAGAGUAAGUUUGCAGUUUAAAGUACUGCCUCUGAAGAAAUGUGUGUGCAUAUAUGUGUGUGUUUUCAUUUACAUAUUUGCAGGUGGGUGGUACUGACAUACCUAAGAAUGUUUGAUGUAUCUCAAGGACUUCAUGCUUUCUCUCCAUAUUGUUUGUUACUGUCUUUAGCUGUUAAGUUAAAACCUUAACAUGCAUGUUCGAGCAUAAUGUGUUUGAUAUGUUUCUGUAAAGAAAAUGAGAUCAUUUGUUCAUUUGGUAAAGUUGUAAAAAAUGUACUGGCAGGAAUGAUCUGAAAAACCCAAGAGCAGUUAUAGCCCCCUGACAGAUAUUUCAGGUUUGUCUUGAGCUACAUUCACUAAACACAACUUUGUUCAAAAUAGCUUAGGGCUUAGGUACUUAAAGCUGUUUGAGGAUGAAAUCAAGCAUGGUGAAAACUGUGUCCUCAGUACUUCUCUUGCUGUGAUAGACAAACUGCAGCAGGUCAAAAAAAAAAUGUACUCUGCAUUUCUUGAAAGUGCGUGGUCUGCUUUGGUUAUGUUGCUUUUUGUGACAGGUGUAAGGUCAUUUGGCAAUUAUGUUAUAGUGCAAAAAUGGUAUGAGACUCUUAUGAUCUUUUGUGUUGGUCUAUACUCCUGAUUUUAACUUUUACGAGCUGAGUCUUCAUACAGCAUUGUAUUGUUUAUCUUUUGAAGCAUUUGCUUCAGUGUUAAUGGAAGUCAAAUCUGACACAGACGGGACCUCUCCUACCCACUAACCCACCCACCCCAGAAAUUGGGUUAGCGUGAAUCUUCCUUUAUCAUCAUUGUUGUCAACAAGGUCAUUAUAGUCAUCAUUGCCAUGCUGGUGCUGCCAUUCCUCUCAUCUUCACUACCUCAUCACCACUGUCAUCAUUCAUCAUCAAGAUCAACAGUAGCAUCGCAUGCCAUGAAAUCGUCAUCCCUGUUGAAAAGGUUCAGAGAAGUCGUUGGCUGAGUAAUGCACCGUUCAUUCUUAAUCUUUUCAUUUAUUACUAUUUAUUAUUUCAAUUUAUUAUUUUCUGUGGAUAUUUAUAGUGUUUCCAUGACAAGGAAAAUGUGUUAUUAUACUCAAUGGUGGCGACUGAAGUGAACUAGUGGAAUAGUCACUUAUUUUUGCAGCACUUUGGCAUCAAGCAAGGACAAUCAGCUGCAUUUUUUUUUUUGCUGGUGCUUCAAGUAAGUAUACAUUACAGCCGUACAUUGGGAAUUUUAUUUGCAGCAUCUCAGACGUUGAUGUACAUGCAGUAGAUAAUUUCCCCUCUGUAUGCAUUGAACAAAAAAAUUGAUUUGCAUUGUUGUCACUACUGUUAUUCCUAGCUGUCAGGCCUUUUAAAUAUUGCCAUAAGUUACUUGUGGCCAUACUUAUAAAAAAAGUAUAAAAAAAGGUCUCUGCAGUUGUGAGCUCAAGCAUUUCAUAACAUGUUUGGUUUAUGUUAAAGCAAGAUUAGAUAUGAGAUGUUGAAAGUACCAAAAACAAAAGAUAGACCAGUUAUGUUUUAAACAGCAAUCAGAAUUAUGCAGAAAUUGCAUGCAUGCAGUGAGUUAGUCUAUAAAGACCAGAAGAUUAUGGUGUUUGGCCUGCUGAGAAUGUCUGUGGCUUUGUGAUGUGUUACAAGUGGCGUUUAUACAGCUUUGAGAUUAUGCUUCUUACAAUUGAUUCUUGUUUGUACUUUUAGACAUGUUCAUUGAAAUGACUGAUGUUGUACAGCUAUUUGAAAGAAUGUUAGGUGUCAAGAAAUUAUAUAACUUCCACCCUCCAAAAAAAAACAAACAAACCCAAACCCUAAAACAACUAAAGACAUGUCAUGUUUUUUUUUCCUUUUCUAAGGAAAUGUAUCCUGGUGGUUAGUGCCCUUGGCUUUAGCGCUAGAGGUUGUUAGUUUGAAUCUUGCCUUGGCCUGACUCCCUGUUCAACCAGCACAUAGGCACCUAAUUUAUCAGGGGAGAUAAAAUGUGGUAGGAGCUAGAGUCGGGAUACACCGUCCACAUAGUGUCCCUUAGACACAGUGAACCAUUUACAUUUCACUGCUCUUACAGCCAAUAGACUUUUGUCAUAAGUUUGCUCUUUCUACUUAUUCUAUAUCUGAUCAUUUCCAGUGUACACAACAUGUUCUAUUUCAUAUAUUUAAGGGCUGGCCUGAGUGCUUAGCAAAAAUCGCUGGAAAUAGAGCAUAAAGUAUCACAAAAACAUUCUGGUGGAAUUUUAUGAUAAAGUGGCAUGAAAAAUAUAAAUUUUGUUUUCUUAAUCAUACCUGAAUUUGUCAAGAAAAAAAAAAGAAGUCAUGAAAGGGCAGUAUUUCUAAGCAUAGGUGUCUUCAUGAGGUGAAUUCAAAGAGGAAAGUUGCAAUCUUUGAUAAAAAGAAACAGACCAGGACACAGGUGGCAGGUGAGAAUGCCAAUGUUUGAAGUCUUAUAUCUUGAAAAUUAAGCAUAAUUAUGUACUCACAUUUUGGGAACUAUUAUUUUAAAAUGAAUUUAACCUGAUCAUAAAGAAAAAAUGUUGCACUCCGGUUAGCCUUUAAUAAAAGUAACAUGUGUUCUCCACUCACUCACCAGACUGAAUGUAAUGAAAUACACAUGCAGAGGCUUUCUCAAGCUAUGGCACAUUUCUCCAACAACUGUGAGGAAAUAUGUGAUCGUAAUUUGCUAACCAUACUCUUACAAACUCUGUGAGUGCUCCUAUCACUCAAGCAACAUGGAGACUCCGUACAUUCCAUCAACUUAAAAUUGCCUCUUUCCUUGGAUUUCGCUCUCAGCAUCAUGCAGAUUCCUAUACAUUCCAUUCCCUUUCAUAAGCAAACCUCUUGUGUUCAUUUCUAGUGUCUUUUCUUGGACCUAGGCAUUCCAGCAUUUUAAGUAUGGAUACCAGAAUGUAGCUACUUGUUCCUCAGGCAUCAUUAGUCAUUAUAUCAAGAUCUUACACAUGCUGUGGAAGAGAAUCGCAGUUGGUUGUUGUAUAGAAUGGUUGUGGUCCUCAAUAGAUUUGUGAUAACUCUAACUUGGACCCUAGGGUUUAAGUGGACAAAAUUUUACAAAGAAUCAUAAUUUCACUGUUCAGAAUGUCUCUGUGCAUUCAUAAUGCACCAUUCUUUUCCCAAGUUGGGGGCAGCCCAGUGGCAUAACGGUUAGUGCUUGUCACCAAUGCAGUGAAGGUUGGCUGCCUUGUGUUGAGCUCUCAUCUUGUGCAUGGUCCUUUCUCUUCAUGUGGCAUUGGUUUACAGGGCUGACUUGCCGUGGUAUAGCUUUGGUUGCUGGCUUGGCAUAAAACACUAAUCCCCUCCUCCUUCAUGCUGACAAAGUGUCAUUUCUGACGUUGUUAGACUUGUCAGCUGCAUUUGAUACUGUUGAUCAUUCUAUAUUUCUACACAAACACCAAUUCCCCACCUCCCAAUUUUCUCAAGUUACAAGGAAAAAAAGCCCUCUGCUAGUUGAGUUAGAAAGUUUUAAAUAUUUUUUUAUGCAUCUCCACUCCACUGCUGUAUGCAGAUAUUACUUUUGCCAGACUUGAGAUGGUGUCAAACAUCUUUUUUUGGUUAACAUCAAUCUCGAUUUAAAUCUGGGAAGAGAAAAGGAAGACGUUUGCAAUGCACGUCCCAUUUUCUUUUAAAAAACUCAAGGCCUUGAUGUGCAUUAUCAGGCUGUUUACUUAUUUGGCUAGAAAAUUAUUUUAGUCCAGAAGUUUACAGGAAAACCAUCAAAAGUCUUUGUCCACAAGGCCUGUCAGUGUGUUGCCUGUGAUCAAAGCAAGGAUGGAGCAUUCAAAUGUCGUUUUGCUCAGCUUGCAUCUCAAUUGUCAACUUGACAAAAAAGUGAACUCCUGUGGUGCAGUGCAGGCGUGUGCUGAAAGUUAUGUAUCUUUGAUGGAGAGAUAUUACGGUUUUAAAACUUUAGGAAGUCUUGUUUUUUUUAUUUUACUUAAACCUCAUCAGAUUUUGUUUUUAAAAGACUGUAUGUUUAAUAGCAGUUGAUCACAACAUUCUUUGCAUUAAGCUCUAUUUUAGUAGAUGGAGAAAAUUGGUUGAGAAUUUUUAUGCUGUUGGCUAUUUUCAAGUGCUUCUAACACUGCAUGCACUUGUGUUACCAUCUCUUUAUGACAUGAUGGAUGUAAACCUUGUAGCUCACUGUAGAGAGUGGUUAUGUUUUAACUAACAUGGACUUCUUAGCCACUCCACUGCACAUUAUGAUUGCAUAAUUGCCACGUGUUCUUAAUUUCUUCCCCAUACAAUUCACUCCUUUCUACAAAUCCUACCUACCAAAGUAGACCAUUCUUGAGUCACUAUUGCUGGAUAUUAAAUUUGGUCUUUUGAGUUCGCCCCUUUAUCUUUGCUGUUUCCUGGUUAGACCAAACUUUAUUGCAGCCUGCAGCUGAUAAUUAGAAGUUAAUUUUAUGUCUAUUUGCAGCAGUUUUUUUUAAUGUUUUCAUGUGCUUAAAGACCUGAAUACAGUAUGAGGAUGUCCUGCUUUCACUAUUUCCCAGUAUUAAACUUUUUUGUUUUUCUUUUGAGUGGAUUUCUGCAGUUCACCACUUUGUGAUUAAGAUGGGACCAAACUUACAGAAUUUUUUUUUCUUUUCUGUCUUGAACAAAGUGAGCUCUGUACUCAUAUUUUAUUUUAGAAAGCACAGCUUCAAGCAGACCAUUUUUUUCAAAAGUCACCAAAGACAUGAAUGAUAAAGUAUCUGAUAAGUGAAACACAAAUGAUACAAACAUUAUUUAUGAUGAGAUCUUUGUGCCGAAAAUUGCAGUUUUGUAACAAGGAUCAACUCUUCCAGAAUGCAGCAUUAUUCUCGAAUCUACAUUGGAGAACAAAGUAUACUCUAUAUCCCACAGGAAAUCAGCAAAAUCUACAGUUACCCUGAAAGGAUUUAGGUUGCACAACAAUUUCCCAGCAAUGGCCAAGCAUAUAUUGGUGGGAAGCACAAAACUGUUUUCGCAGUCUUCAUAAUUAGUGAAAUGUAAUAGACAAGAAUGGAGCCAAGUGAGGACAAGGGAGAGUGCACAUGAUCAAAGAUCUCAAGUUUCUUUGAUCAUAAGAUCAAAAGGAAGUUUACUCGCUCCUUACUUUCACAUAAACACAUGAAAAGUUUUCAUGAGAUUCAUCCUAACUUCUAAAUUGGUCAGGGGACAAAGCACAAUAGAUCUCUGCUAAAUAUCAUUACUGUUAUGUCUGAUAGAUUGGGUCUGCGAAGACAAUAAAAAGUGUUUGUGAUGUAAUCCUACAAGUGGCAGUUUCUGCAUGGCAUUUGAAAUUUCUGGCCAAAAAUCUACCCUCAUUCCAAAGUUAUCUCGGUGUGCUCAAGAUGCACCUCUAUAAUCAAGACAUUCCAGAAUUUGUCAGUCAGCUUGUGAUCAAAUGCCUAUGUAGUCAGUUUGAGAGCAUCAAUGAUCUAUAAAAAGUAACAUUGUUACAGAUAUUAAAAUAUUUUCAGUCAAAUAAGACCUGCUAAAAGUCACUCUUCAGACAAUGUGCCCCAAAAGUUGUAGGAUUAAGUAUUGCUUACUGAGGUAAUUGUAGAUGAACACUGGAAUGCCUCUAAAAGACCUACUCAAGGUGAAUUACACAGCACUAGUUCCCAAAAUCUGUUGAGUAGUGGAGAUUAACUGAUUAUAGCAGUGAUCUAGAUGCUAGAGAUAUAAGCUGUCUCCCUUUAGCAGCAAUGGUAAGAGACAACUUGGCACUUGCACAAAGGUUGCUGAUAAGAAACUGGAUGGCACAUAAAGAGAUUGAAAGUAUUUGGAUCAUAUAUCAUGGAGCAGAGAACUGGACCAUUUCAUCUUGCGUGUGACAAAGUACAAAAGAUAUCAUCACAGAAUAAAAUGCGAAAUAAGUUUAAAAGAAAAAAAAUCUGUCAACACAUUAUGUUUAAUAUGUGAAAAUUUGUGUGACUCCUUUGUGACCAAUGACAUAACCAUUUACCAUGUGUAUUGCAAGGAAAUUUGGAUGGCUGUCUGCAACCCUAGAAGAACUAGCAAUUUUUUGCUGCAGGCUAAUGCCAAGGAAGUUCAAGGGACAUUUGAAUAAAUUUAUAAAUGCAGCGUAAUGCUCACUUAAAAAGUCACUUUUCAACUUUGAGCAAAAGGCUAAGUUGAUAUCUUUUACUCCAACAGAAAACAAUUUCAGUUAUGAUAUUCCAUUCAUUUUGCUGCAAGAUCACAGAAUUUGUUUUGUGAAUGAAGUUGCUUGUCUUAGUGCCAAAAAUAUGUCUUUUGGAAGACAUUUUUGUUUUUGGUCAGUUUACCUGUUUUGUGUACUGUUCUUUUACCAAGUGAAAUAAAAUUUGAAAGGCA